ACUGAAGAUUUUGCCAGUACCUGGGUUUGCCCGGUUUCCACGCCAUACCUUAGCAGUGCUGCUCUGUGAGCUACGUUAUGUGAAAAAGGCUCAGACUGAGCCAGCAGAAAGUGAUACAACCAUGAACAGUGUGGUUCAUUAUUUCACUGUUGUGACUGGAGAAACACUAGAAGCUGAUGAGGCCAUCAAGAGGAUCCUACAUACUGAAAUGCAACUGAAGGAGGUGUUUACAGUGGAGGAAUCUGAUGUCAUUCUGGUUUUCUGUCCUAUUAUUUCACGUGUUGAAAGCGACAUUAAAGCAGCACUGAAAAAGAUCCAUGAAAUUCCAGACAUCAUGCCGGUUAUUCUACUGGCACUGCAUCACACAUUUGAUCCAGAAAGCAUUGUGGCACACAGCAGCCAGUUCAUAACCAGAGAGAACACAGUCACCGCGGAGUGUCUGUUCCAUGAAGAUAAAGGAUUAUUAAACUGCGCUAAGAAUAAAGAAGCAUUAAUAAAGAUUACAGAGUGGCUGAAGUUCAAGGAGAUGGAAAGCCCUGAGGACAAAAUGAUCCAAUUCAAACAAGAAAUCAUAAGACUUAAAAGAGUGAGUGGAGAAUCCUCUAGUUUGGCCUCUCCACUGUCAGUUCCUGUAGCAGAACUCAGGCUGGUGCUGCUGGGGAGGACUGGAUGUGGGAAGACAGCAGCAGGAAACACCAUCCUGGGCAGAGAGGAGAGGAGCCAGGCUGGAGCGUCUACAGUGAGGCAGCAGAGUGAGAGCAGACAGGCGGAGGUGGCUGGGAGACAGGUGACUGUGGUGGACACUCCUGACUGGUUCUGUCCUGGACUCUCUCUGGAGGAGCUGAGACAGGACGUGGGACUCUGUGUGCGUCUGUCUGCCCCAGGACCCCACGCCUUCCUCCUAGUCGUACCAGUGAAGCAGUCUACAGGAGAGGAGAGAGGCAUGCUGGAGAAAAUGGAGGAGAUUUUUGGAGAGAGAUGUUGGAGGAACACCAUGAUCCUUUUUACCUUUACUGAAGUCCGAGAGAAGGACAUUGAAGAGCAUGAGGUCCAGAGACUUGUAGAGAAAUGUGGGAACAGGUUUCACUGUCUCAACAUUAAGGAGAGUGGAGGUGGUUCUCAGGUCUCAGAGCUGCUGGAGAAGAUAGAGAAGAUGGUGGAAGGAAAUAGAGAGAAGUUCUAUAGUAGUGAGAUCUACCUGAAGACAGAAUCUCAUAUCAGAGCAAUGGAGAGCAGAAUGAAGAUGGAAAGAAAAAAGGCCACAGGAAGACAAAGAAGUGAAGGAGAAACUAGAUAGUGACACUUUGUGCUAAGAUGCAUUGCCAGGGCAACUUACAUGCAGAUAAGUGGGAAUAAUUGACAGCUUGAGUACGUAAACUGGGUUGAAAGAGAAAGUAAUCAACCACUGUUAUUAAAUGAGUUAAACAUUGUUAACUUAGUUUGGGCUGUAAAGCUGAAACAUAAGUUAAAUUUAGUUUGUGAUACAAGCUCCACCCUUAUUCCUGAUUAUAUCGCCUCUGUAUUUUACCUGUGAAUCACAUAAUACCAAAUUUAUUACAGUGCAUCAUUACAAAGUUGGAGGACUGAAGUUGAAAUAAAGCUUUUGCAGUACUUCAGAAGUGUGGAUUAAGGACAAAAAAGUGGGAGUAAUUAUGUAUGGAUAUGUGUGUGGAAUUUCAGAGCAUGCUGUCUUGACACUUCCAAUGUAAGUGAACAGAACUAUCACUAUAAAUGUGCCAUCACUUUAAUUUGAGUUUGAUUCUUAAAUUGGUCUUCUUAUGAAAAGUGAUGGAAUUCCAAAACAGUAUAAAACAGAUGAUGAAAACAGUCAGAAAUAAUAGGUUUGUUCUGUUUGUUGUUGUUGUGUUUUUCUUCUUUCAUAGUCAUAAAUCCAAGUUCAACCCAAUGAGUUUGAGUAUACAGCAAGAAUACAUUUUUGGCUACACUGUCCCAGUAUGUAUGGUACAAAUUAUUGAUAUUGCAGUGAAUUAAUAACUUGUCGACUGAUGUUGUAAAAUGUAUGUAAUGUGAGCUACAGUUACUUAAAGCAUUUCAAUGGGACUGAGUGGCCAUUCUAAAAUAAGUAAAGCAUUUCUCCUGUCUGAGCUA